AUGUCAGCAACAAACUAUCCAAAUGUAUUUAUGCUACGGCAGACCAAUCAGCUGCGGGGAUUGUACACCAUUAUUCGUGAUAAAAAUACAAAGCGUGGAGAUUUCGUCUUUUAUAGUGACAGAAUCAUGAGGUUACUGGUGGAAGAAGGUUUGAACCAAUUGCCAGUGAAACCAACAACAGUUAAGACUUCACAGGGUCAUGAGGUCGAGGGUUUCUCCUUUGAGGGCAAAAUUUGUGGUGUUUCGAUUAUAAGAGCUGGUGAAUCAAUGGAACAAGGGUUAAGGGAUUGCUGUAGAUCGGUGAGAAUUGGUAAGAUAUUGAUUCAAAGAGAUGAAGAGACAGCUCAACCUAAGCUGUUUUAUUCCAAACUUCCUGACGAUAUUAGUGAACGUUAUGUUUUCUUACUAGACCCAAUGCUGGCUACUGGAGGUUCUGCCAUGAUGGCUGUGGAUGUUCUUUUGAAAAAAGGUGUCAAGCAAGAAAGAAUCUUGUUUUUGAACUUGCUGGCUGCCCCUGAGGGCAUUGAGGCCUUUUAUAAGAAGUAUCCAAACGUCAAGAUCAUAACUGGAGUAAUUGACCAAGGUCUGGAUGAGAACAAGUUUGUCGUCCCUGGUUUGGGUGACUUUGGUGAUAGGUAUUAUUGUAUUUAG